AUGCCCAGUCUUACCUGGGCGCUUUAUUCAGGACUUGGAAAACCAGGUUUUUAUGGCAGCGAUGAGCAACGUGCGCUAAUCGAAGCAUUCAUUAUCGAAUACAUCACAGUGUACGAUGACGAUGAUGUUAAUAACAGGAAGAAUUUAAUCAAUGCUUACGAUGAAAAUUUUUUUGAUCAUGAAUUGUCGUUUGUGAUUAAUCGCCAUAGCUUUGAAGUAUCUGUUUUUGUAGAAGUAGUAAAUGUAGCGCUUUGCGAAGUUUCUUUUGUUUCGGAUUGGGUGAUUAAAUACAGCACCUAUAAUACUUAUCGGAAAUCAUCGCAUAACGUUAUGUGCGUCGAGAAAUGGGAACGUUUUCGUGAGAAAGUGGUGCAUAAGGGAGCAAUGGAUAUCAUUGUUAUGUUGCGUAAACUUCCAGCCACCAAGCAUCUUAUGGACACCUUUGUGGUUGAUGUUUCAAUGACAACGGCAAAGCAUAUGUGUUUCGCAGUUCACGGAUUCUUUCGCGACAGCAUGACUAAAGUGCAAGAUGACGAUGAAGUGAAAUUCUUUUGCCGCAACUUCGUCGUUGUGAAUAAAGGCGAAGGGAAAAUAGCAGUUCUUAGCGAUAUACUAUUUGUCAGUGGAGUGUUCACUGAAAGGAUACAACGUUACAAGUCGAUGAUUACCAGUUUGAUAAAGGCGGUCCCGGAUACAGGAACUUCAAUGAACAUGGAUGGAGCAGGUGGCAGCAUGUCUGUUGGAGAUGGUGCUGAGAAUCGUUGGUUGGCAGAACCGUCGCCAGCUCCUCAGUCAUCAGUGCCGCAGCCAACCCCAGCGCAGUGUGCUCUGGCAGGAGACUUACAAAUGCAGGAGCAGAUGGUUGCAGCAUUUAGCCAGGAAAGUAAAAUGAAGCCGGAAUGGUCGAGAAAAUGCCUGCUUGAUCAAGAUUGGGAUUACGAGGUUCUGGGCGCUUAUCCUAUGUUCGUGAGUGGAUUGUCGCUGUCUUCACUGGUAGCUUAUAGUCUGAAUUUAAAAAUCCUGCGAUCAGUGUGCUUCGAAAUUGAAGGUUUCUAG